AUGAGUCAAAUAAUAAAUUUUAUAUUUGAUUUUAAUGGAACAUUAUUUGAUGAUACAAACAUAAAUUAUUUAGUAUGGAAAUAUUCAUUUGAAAAAAGAGGAAUUUAUUUAACAAAAGAAAGUUAUUUAAAAGAACAUAUUGGAAAAUCAAGUAAACAAACGAUAAUUGAUAUAAUGAAAACAAAUAAUACAAAAAUAAUAUCAGAUAUUUUAAAUGAUAAAAAGAAAUUUUUAAAAACAAUUUUAAAAAAAGGAGUUUCAUUACAAAAAGGAGCAGAACAAUUAUUAAAUUAUUUAAAAAAUAAUUCAAAUAAAUAUCAUUAUAUUAUUGCUUCUAUGGCUUCAACAAAUACUAUGAAAUUAUAUUUUAAAUAUUUACAUCUUGAAAGAUGGUUUACUAUGGACCAAAUUAUUCUUUAUGAUAAUUCAUGUUUACCUAAACCAAGUCCUGAAUUAUUUAUUAAAGCAAUGAAUAAAAUUAAUGCAUCAUCUCAAAAUACUGUUAUUUUUGAAGAUUCUUUGACAGGUUUAAAAGCUGCAUAUGCAACUCAUGUUAAUUUAAUUAUUGCAAUUAAUUAUCAGUCAAAAGUAAUAGAACUUCAAUCAUUAGGAAUUUAUCAUUCUUUUAAAGAUUUUUCUUCUAAAAAUUUACAAAUUUUAUUAUUUGGAACUGAAAAAUAUUAA